AUGGCCUUGCGGAAUGCAAAAACGUUGGCAUCCCAAAAUGCAUGCAUGGUUGAACGUGAACGCGUCAACGUUGAAAUUACCGGCACUAUCGCUUCUGCCACGAGCCAUCGUUUAUCACUGAGACUUCGUUCGUGCUCGUACGACUAUACUCACGGUCAAGCGGGGGUGAUUUAUGUCAAGACGCUCGGGGUACUGACAACUACGGGUCGUCUCGAAGACCCAUACGAGGAGCUGUGUGUCAAGGAGAGCAAGUUCAUCAAUAAGGGCAUUUUGGAAGUGGAUUACACAGACGAGUAUUGGGAUAGGCGAUACACGGUGAACUUUGCGUCUGAGAAAAUGAUGUUCCUCAGCCACGUACUGCUGGAGGUUGAUUUCCCGGUGGCGCUUGUAUACCGCCCCUCCUGGAGCGUUGGAAACACAAGUUUUUACUUGCAUUGCAAAUUCAUCGAAAACACGUAUACACACGGAUCAUACCUCCUGCUGCAAGAUGAACAGCUCAUAUAUCGGCUCCGCUCUCUCAAGCAUUAUUUCUUCCUGGCCUCCUCAUCAUUCCUCACUUACCUCUUAGACCUUGCUCACGGAACUGAAAAAGGGCCUGCGAAAGGCGUCAGUAUCGUUAAGCCACAAAGUCUGUUCGACCUUGCACUUACAGGGGAAGAUGCCGUGUUCCGUGAAGAUGUGUCAUCAACACGGGAACUGGGAGAACUUGAGGUAAUGAUAUGA